AUGUCUGACAAUCAAGUACGCAGUGCGGUCAUCAACCGCGACACCAACGAAACCAAGAUCCAAUUGUCUCUCAACCUUGACGGCGGCUCGCUGGAGAACAUUACAUCCGACAACAAUGGCGCCGACAAGUCACACGCUGCUCAAGCUUCAAAGUCGCAGACAAUCGACAUCGACACUGGCAUUGGCUUCCUGGACCAUAUGAUCCACGCCCUUGCGAAGCACUCGGGCUGGAGUCUGAAGCUCAGAUGCCGUGGUGACCUCCACAUUGACGACCACCACACUGCCGAGGACGUCUUUAUUGCCAUGGGCCAGGCAUUCAAGUCUGCUCUCAAGUCAACCGCCGGCCUCGCCCGUUUCGGAUAUGCAUACGCACCGCUCGACGAAGCCCUCGCCCGUGCCGUCGUCGACCUCUCCAACCGCCCCUUCUGUGUCAGCGACCUGAAGCUCCGCCGUGAGAAAAUUGGCGACUUGAGCACAGAGAUGCUGCCUCACUGUCUGCAAAGUUUCUCCCAAGGUUCUGGCGUCACCAUGCACGUCGACGUUAUCAGAGGUGACAAUGACCACCACAAGGCUGAGAGUGCCUUCAAGGCCCUUGCUGUUGCCAUCAGGAUGGCCAGCACACCGGUCGUUGGCCGCGAGGGUGAAAUCCCUAGCACUAAGGGUGUUCUUUUCUAG